UUAAAAAAGAGGUCCGAAAAUACCCGACGAUUUCAAUUGGAUUGAUGAGAGGGAGCUGGGAACGGUGAAAUACUAAGAAACCAUUUUAUUUUUUAUACAAGAUGUUGAAUAAGGUUGGAUUAUCUUGAGGCUGGGGUUGAAUAUGGACUUUGGGCACUGGUUUAACCCCGGGGUGCGUGUCCUGGGAGCGGGGCUGAAGGCGGCGUUCGACAACGAGACGAUCGAGGAGGUGCUCGCCGGGAAGCCUUCCCGCACCACGCUGGUCCUGGAGGUCAUCAUAGUCCUCAUGACUCUGGGAGCGGUGACCGGUAACAUCCUCGUCAUCGUGAUCGUGGCAGCGACCAAAACGUUCCACUCGGUGGCCUCGGUGCUCAUCAUCAACCUGGCCAUCAGCGACCUCAUGGUCGGCAUCGGGGUCAUGCCUUUCGUGGCGGUGUCCAUCAUCAACAGCAGCUGGGUCGCCUCGAAUGAGCUGUGCCUCUACGUGGGCUACACCUCGUCCGUCUACUGCACCGCGUCGGUGCUCACCCUGGCCGCCAUCGCCCUGGACCGCUACUACUCCAUCGUGGACUGCCUGCGCUACACGGCCCGCUGCACGCUGUGCCGCAUCGGCGCGGUGGUGCUGUGGAUCUGGCUGCAGGCGCUGGCCACCAGCUCGCCGCCGCUGCUGGGCUGGAGCGCCGUGCGCUACGUCAAGCCCGUGUACAGCUGCGCCGUGGACUGGGCCAACAGCCCCAGCUACACGGCCGUCAUGGUGGCCCUGUCCUUCCUGCUGCCGGCCGCCGUCAUCCUCUUCUGCUACGUCAACAUCGUGCGGGUGGCGCGCUCCCACGCCCGCCGCAUCCACACGCUGGAGGACCACCUGCAGCGCGGUCGCGCCGCCGCCGCCGCCGCCGCCGCCGCCGCCGCCCACCACCACCACCACACCCACUCCAGCCUGGUGUACCACCUGAGCGGGCGUUUCGUGACGGAGGUUCGACGCGGGGACACCGCGGCGACCUGGGAACCGGGAGCCUCUCCCGUGGGUUCUCCGUCUCCUCCUCCUCCUCCUCCUCCUCCUCCUCCCCCUCCCAGACGCCUGUUCUCCUGCCUGGCCCAGACCCCCGUCCCCCGGCAGCCCCCCCUCCCCCAGCCGACCCCCCUCCCCCAGCAGAACCAGCACCAGCACGGACUGGUCCGCCUCUUCCUGGUGAUCUCCGCCUUCUUCCUGUGCUGGACCCCUUAUAUGGGCGUGGCGCUGAUCCAGGCGGCCGAGAGCGCCCUAUUGGGCGAGAAAAACCUGGUCCCGUCCAGCGCCGUCACCUUCUCCUAUUGGCUGGUGCUGCUCAACUCGGACAUCAACCCGCUGCUCUACGCUCUGCUCAGCAAGCGUUUCCAGGGCGCCAUGCAGAACCUCAAGCAGAAGAUACGCGCCCGGCUGGGGGGCGCGGCGGUCGGGAGGGCGGGGGAGGCCCGGGCGGAGGGCGAGGACAGGUGCUUAGGUCCGUGCAGCACCACGACCACCAACAUACGCACGCUCUGCUCCUCCUCGGGUGAAAGCCCGUCUUCGAGACGAGACGAGGCGUCCAGAUACUGCUCCUCCGUCUUCACGGUCAACGCAGACUUCAAACAUCAGCGCCAGCCGAAGCAGCAGUGCGAGGUGUUUCUCCCGGGCAGCCCCUCGACCUCAAGCUCUUCCCCGUGGCAGCAGGAGUCGGGCAGCGGGGAGAAUAGGGUGGAGUGUCUGCACGUCCCGACUCGAACACAAGAGGGCAGCAAACUGCCGUUCUCCGCCGUAACCACGGAGACGCGGGCCACUUACUUCUAUGGGCAGAUCACGGUGACGGUGGAGCAUGAUGUCUGCUAGUAGAGACUGAGCAGCCCUCAUUUGAACCACACAAAUAGCACUUAUCUGGACUUAACUAUCUCUAAACUAAACUGAACAUUGCCAACUUGAAUGCCUUAAUGUAAAUAACUCAAACAGUAACUUUUCAAAUCUUUUGAAAUUGUAAAGCCUACCUAAAAGGAUGGUUUUGUCCUAGUAGCCAAUACAUUUCAAAAUGUAUAGCCUACCUAUAGGCUCCUUUUACUUAUUUUUAUCCCUG